GGCGGGAGCUUGGCUGCCUGCCUGCUGUGAUGCUGCGAGGGCGAAAUUGGCCUCGCUCCUCUACCGGCCUGCGCUGACUGGGCGCCCAGGAGUGGAGAAAGAGGAGACUCGCGGUCAGAGUGCUCGAGAAGCCAUGAGCGCUCUUCCCAGCUGGGCCCUCCGCAAGCUGCCCACCAGCAGGAGCAGCGAGACAGCAUGCCGCCCGGCACCGAGGCCGAAGCCACAGCUGCUUGCUGGCCCGAGAACCAUCGGCGACCUGGAGGCGUCGCGCUGCGUUGUACGAAGCGCUUGCUGCGUAGGCCUCGUGCUGUGGCGGCACUCGGGAAAGGCGGCAGGCGCGGACCGUGCGACCUUCAUGCCCAUGCUGACGCAGCCGGGCGCGCGUGGGGGCAGCGCCGUGCCGGCCAUCUUCCUGCGCCGGCCGCUGCGCGCUGCUUGGACGAGCGAGAGGAGCAUCGCGUCAGCACGGCCGCCGCAGCGAGCGUCGUGGUGAGCUCUGCUCGGUGGGCUGAGCUCGCGACGGCUGCGCAGCGACGAGGCGGACAAAAGCCGCGGCUCAGCGACGCCUCUCACACGCGCGUGGCGACGUGUCGCAGCGCAGGCUCGCAGCAAGGCGCAGACGGCCGGCAGAUCCACAGGCGGGCGGACGGGCGGCGGGCGGCGUGCUGCUUCCGCCUCUAAGGCGCUUUGUGCCUGUCGUGGUCUGGCCGACGGAGCGCGAGCCGGCCUCGCUCUCUCUCACACACACUCACCCCGCAUCGCACUCUCGCAGCUGCCUUGCUCCCGUCACCCACAGCGCAGCAUCGCCGCCUGCGUCUGCACCACACGCACCCCCACCG